GAGGACGCUCGUGGAUCUAUUUGAAUCACUCGAAGGUGCACAGACACAAAAACCCUUUUUUCUCUCCUCUUCCCCCACCCGUAAGAAAAACCCGUCUCCUUUGCUUGGCGGCUGCGGCCAAUCUCACCACCCCCCACCACCUUCACCUUCACCUUCUCCUUCUUCUAAAUCCCUUAAACCCUAAGAUUCGAUCUAGGUUUCUAUCUAUCUUCUUCCCCCGCUCUUUUGGUCGCAUCCCGAGAAGGAUCUAUCAAUCUCCGUUGCCGAAUCUCUUACACCAUGGCUACUACCGUCGCUCAAUCUGCUGAUCAAUCUGCGGAUAUGUUGCAGAAGCUUACUUUGGAUUCACAACCAAAAGGUUCAGAGAUUCCUGAGCCAAAGAAGGCUGCUGUUUACCAGUAUGGAGGAGUGGAUGUACACGGUCAAGUUCCUUCCUAUGACCGAUCUUUGACGCCAUUGCUUCCCAGUGAUGCUGCGGAUCCUUCGGUUUGCUAUGUUCCAAAUGCUUACCAGCAGCCCUUUUACUAUGGAUAUGGGGCGAGUGGUCAAGAUUGGAGCGAGUUCACAGGCUACAACCCUAAUCUCGAGGGUGUGGACAUGAGUGCUGGAGUUUAUGGAGAGAAUGGAUCUCUUGUGUAUCCUGGAUACGGGUACGCUGCAUAUCCUUACUCGCCAGCGACUAGCCCUGCUCCACAGGUUGGCGGAGAUGGGCAGUUGUAUGGUGCUCAGCAGUACCAGUACCCUGCCUUUUUCCCCACUGGACCUGUUGCUACCCCUGCCCAGGGAGAUGUCACUGCAAGCAAAGCUGGUGGCGUGAAGACGCUACCUGCAGAGAGCAAGAAUGUUGCAUCUGCUGCUGGUAUUGCAAAAGGAGCUCCGGGGAAACCAAAUAGCCAGACCGCACUUAACACCUCGAGCAAUUUCUAUGGUAAUGGUGGUCCCGGAAGCGGUUUUGCUGCUGGUUAUCAGGAUCCUAGAUACAGCUAUGAUGCGUAUUAUGGCAAUGUGUCGUCUUACGACGCCCCUAAGUAUUCAGAUGUGCAGAGGCCUGCUGCUGGUAGUGGAGUUGCAUCCUCCUAUUCGAAGGCAACAAGUGUGCCUUCAUCGAGGAAUCAAAACUACCGCUCAAAUUCCCAUUACACGGGUGUGCACCAGGCUGCAUCAAUGGCAGGCUACGGUACAACUCAGGGAUUGUACAACAGGAUUUAUCCAAACAAGUUAUAUGGCAACAACUAUGGUAGCUCGGGGAGAUAUGGCUCUUCCGGGUAUGAUUCAAGAACAAAUGGAAGAGGAUGGGUAAACACAACAGACAACCGAUACAGAAGCUGGGGAAGGGGUAACGGUUACUUCUAUGGAAAUGAGAACAACGGAGAUGGUUUGAAUGAACUCAACAGGGGACCUAGAGCAAAGGGCACAAAGAACCAGAAGGAUAAUUCAGAAGAAAGCUUAGAGGUUAAGGAGCAGACUGGUGCCUCAGAUGUAGCUGAGACUGUGGAGACGGAGAACACCUGUAUUGUUCCUGACAGAGAACAGUACAACAAAGAAGAUUUCCCAGUGGAUUAUGAGAACGCUAUGUUCUUUGUCAUCAAGUCCUACAGUGAGGAUGAUGUGCACAAGAGCAUCAAGUACAAUGUUUGGGCUAGCACACCAAAUGGAAACAAGAAGCUUGCUGCAGCAUACCAGGAAGCUCAGCAGAAGCCUGGAGGCUGUCCAAUCUUCCUCUUUUUCUCGGUCAAUGCAAGUGGACAAUUUGUUGGGCUUGCUGAAAUGACUGGACCAGUUGAUUUUGAUACGAAUGUGGAGUACUGGCAGCAAGACAAGUGGACUGGCUCUUUCCCUCUCAAGUGGCAUAUUGUGAAGGAUGUUCCAAACAGCUUGCUGAAACAUAUUACCCUUGAGAACAAUGAGAACAAGCCUGUAACCAACAGCAGAGAUACACAAGAGGUUAAGUUGGAGCAAGGUUUGAAGAUUGUGAAAAUUUUCAAGGAGCAUACUAGCAAGACUUGCAUUUUGGAUGACUUUUCCUUCUAUGAGGUUCGGCAAAAGACCAUCUUGGAGAAGAAAGCCAAGCAGCAGCAGACUCAGAAACAGCUAAGCGAGGAGAAGACUGCAACAGAUGAGAAAAAGGAAUCCUCAACUGCUCCAGCUGGUCAAACUACUGGUGAUGGUGAUGUUACCAAGGUCGAUGAGAAUGGGUCAGUUGCUAAACCAGUUGGUGUGGUGGCAAAUGGUUGCUAGAUUAGUCCAUGUAGCUCACGGCUAGAGCAUUAGAGGCAACAAAAGAGCAGAAGAUAUGAGCAUUCCUAUUUACACUUUCUCUUGAGAACAACAAGUGCCGUGAGCUUUGAAGCAUGGUGGGGAACGAGCUUUGGUACCUGAGAUAGAUCCGUUUCUUUUCCCUUAGAAGUUAAAAUCCUAGUUUUUUCAAUCUCUUCAUUUUCUCAUUUUUCCCUGUUUUUACAAUUUUCAGUUUCUUUUUUUUUUUUCAUUUUCUGUUGAUCCUCCUACCCUGUAAAAAUGCUUAUAGGACCUACUAAAUAGUGGGAAGAAUUAGAGAAAAAGACAUAACAGCAGGGUGGGUGGGAUUUGUUUUCAUUUCUUUUGGAUUUUAGGCAGAUUUUGGUUCUUCUGUUUCUUGUUUUGGUUCAGACUUGACUCUCUUUUGAGUUUUUUUUUUAGUGUCUCAGACUUGAUGGCCUUGGCCUCUUUUCACC